AUAAAUACACAAAUAAUAACUUUAGUUAAUCUGUGUGUAAAUAGUAACUCUAUAAAUAAUAUAAACAUAUUUUAACCUUAACUCAAAUACAUGAAUUGACUUUCCUGUUAAAGUUUCCAGUUGUGACAUUUGCCUUGUUUAUUUUUAAAGAUGUGUGGCCCGCAUAGCUCAGAGAAGAAGGAGAGCUGAAUGAGGACAGUUUCAUGAUAAACCGACCGCAACAAUAAAUUAUCCCUUAGAUAUUGAACUGCUUACCAACGACAGGUUAAAGCUCCUGUGAGGAACUUUCUGUUUGUGUUGACUUUGGCGCCCCCCCUGUGGACUAAGUGAUCUUGCUUAUUUUGUCCUGUACAUGUGUAAAUUAUGUUAUCUCCUCCUGCUUUCAACUACUAUUUCACUCAUCAAGCAUAUUUACUGCAGAAAAAGGGUUUGUAUUGACAUGCUGUCAAUUACCUCAUCUGACACCUACCCUCUCACAGCGAUUUCAGGCUUUAAAAUAACAAAACAGAAAUGAUCAAUACCUUUUCUAAUAAUCUUGUUUGCUUUUCUAGGUCAUAAAGAGGCAUCACUGUUCAUUUCAGUCCACUUCAUGACCACUCAAAAACUCUUCACAGGAGCUUUAAGCAGAAGCAAUAUGAAAGUCCAACCAAAUGUUUAUUCAUAUUUCUAAAGUAAAUACGGAGGCUGAUGUUGGCUGAAUUGCUUCUAAUGUGCUUGAGCGGUUACACUGUGAAUAUUUUCAUAGAAUAUACAUAGAAUAAAGGUUAAAGAGGCCUUUGCUUGAUUAUCUUCACAUAACUUUCUCAUUGGUUUGUAAUGGUCUGAACACAAAACAACUUUAAGCAAAGCGAACAUACCUGAUUAUGAAAGGGAUUUGAUGCCCGAGUUAGAAACAUUUAUCUCCCUCAGCCUUUUAAUUCAGCCACUAUCAGUAUUUGGGGUAUUCCACAAAUGGUAUGAUCCAUCCCAGAGUCACCCACAAGCCAAACGCCAAUAAGGCCUUUUUAGCCCUGCUACAACAAACACCUGAAUUUAACUUCUGGCUCUCCACCAAACAGGAUUCACAAUGUUGUUACUACAACCAUGUGGGGUCGAAAAAUAGCACCAUGCCAACUGUUUGUACUUCAGGUUGGGCCAGGUCAUUGAUAAGGAAAUGUAUAGUUUAGUCAGUUAAUGCUUAAUAAAGUUGCUAUGUACUCUGCAUGCUCUGUUUUGUAGUGAGCUCACAGAUCUAACAGAUCUACAACGCUGAGGAACAUAAAAUCUAUCAGAGGAUCAAUUAGUCAGACUUCUCCCUCCAAUCUAACUCUUUCUCUCCAUGAAGCAUGUCUGUCCGCACAACGAGGAGAUCUGUGCAAACUAUCUGGCCAUAAAAAGCUGGAAACGUCAGUCGACUUUGAACUUCAUAUCUGGAGUGAUUUUUUUGACCGGGUCACCCUGCACCAGCCGGGGGAGGAUUAGACCGAACCGAUCAGACCCUGUGAGCAGCACUCAGCUUCCUCUGAUGUGUUGCACUUGACUUCAGACUCUCUUGACUCUGCAGCAGACAACAUGUCUCGUUUCGCCGCUCGUCGUGUUUUCGUGUUAGUUUCUCAGCACGCUGCAGUCAGAUCCACGGUGUUACCGAGGAGGGUCCCUGCAUUCAUCCGCGCUGUGUCCACAUCUCAAGGUCUGCAGUCUCUUACCCGUUACAAUGAGACCAAAGACUGGCACAAGAAGCUGACCCCAGAACAGUAUGUUGUCACCAGAGAGAAGGGGACCGAGGAGCCCUUCAGUGGACUCUACCUGAACCAUUAUGAGGUGGGGAUGUAUCACUGUGUCUGCUGUGACUCUCCGCUUUUCAGUUCAGAGGCCAAGUAUGACUCUGGGACAGGCUGGCCUGCAUUCAAAGAGGCUCAUGGGACAUGGGAGAGGGAUGAAAGCCACGCCUCCGUCAUUCGUCGCCCAGACAACAGCCUUGGAACCGCUAGCACAGAGGUCCUUUGUAAAAAUUGUGAUUCCCACCUGGGUCACGUGUUUGAAGACGGACCGGAUCCCACAGGUCAGCGGUUCUGUAUCAACAGUGUUGCACUCACAUUUAAACCCAGAGAAAACAACAAGGCUGACACACCUGAAGAAAAGUGAGGAGACACACGUACUUUACAAAACCACCGAACACAUCCUCACUGUACAUCUGAGUACACGUCCUUUUUCUUUUUAGGCAGACAAAACAAAGAUUUGAGAGAGUUGAAGCUCUUAUUCUAUGGUUUGGUGAAGUGUGGCACAACAUGUCAAAAUGUAGAUGGAGAAAGAAAUCCUAAAUAAAUCUCAGUCUGUUCAGAACUACAGGAGAGAAGGUGAAACAAAUAGACUGCUUUUUAAUUGUUGAAUCAUUUUUGAGUGUUAAACUUAAGUGUUCCUCACUGUAGUUUUUUAACUUGUCUCACUGGUGUUUUAAUCCUCUUCAUUUUGCUGGACUUAUCUUGAUGUCUGAACUACACAGGGCAUGAACUAUAAACUGUAUAUUAUAUAAACAUCCUGUAUAUUAUAUUCUGUAUUCAGGCAAUGGCAUGAACUAAGAGGACUUGCUCUUUGUUUUUAAAUCGCUGGAAGAUAUGAGAUUGCUACAUUGUGUAUUUUUGUCUGGCGUCAUAUUUACAGAUUACAUUGACUUGUAAUUCAUCAAUAAAUGUGAACUAUGUGAA